CCAAGCCUCCCCCUAGGAAUGGCACUUGUCUGAGAGUUCCCUCAGCACACAGCUCCUGAAAGCCACCAGGCUUGUGAAAGGAGAACAGAGAGGCUAUUGGGAUACAAAUUACAGUUCUCUCUGGAUUUGCCCGACAGACCGGCCGAUUUUUGAAGUUGUAAAUAUCUGAGGAGUAAAACAAAGAAUAAACCAUGACAGAUGAUCAAGACCUUUCCGAGGUGGAGAUGAGCCCUGUGGGUUCUGAAGACCACCAUUGCCUUUCACCAGGACCUUCCAUGGCAUCGGAUGCCAACACUCACCUUACCAACUCCAGCAGCGGUGAGAUGGGGAAGGUGAAAAAGGAACAGCAGGAUUCUGAAGCAGAUGAUGAUAAGUUCCCAGUGUGCAUCCGGGAAGCAGUGAGCCAGGUACUGAGCGGCUACGACUGGACCCUGGUGCCCAUGCCUGUGCGGGUCAAUGGAAGCAGCAAGAGCAAGCCCCAUGUCAAGCGGCCUAUGAAUGCCUUCAUGGUGUGGGCACAAGCUGCCCGGAGGAAGCUGGCAGACCAGUAUCCUCACCUCCACAAUGCAGAGCUUAGUAAGACCCUUGGGAAGCUCUGGAGACUGUUGAAUGAAAGUGACAAGCGACCCUUCAUUGAAGAAGCCGAGCGGCUGCGGAUGCAGCACAAGAAGGACCAUCCUGAUUACAAGUAUCAGCCACGUCGGCGAAAAAAUGGCAAGGCUGCCCAGGGUGAAAAUGAUGGCCAAGCUGAUGGAGAAGCGGGUGGAGCUGCUGCAAUCCAGGCUCACUAUAAGAAUGCCCAUUUGGACCAUAGGCAUGCUGGAGAAGGCUCACCCCUGUCUGAUGGGCACCCUGAACACUCCUCAGGUCAGAGCCAUGGGCCCCCCACACCACCAACCACUCCGAAAACAGAAUUGCAGUCGGGUAAGACUGACUCCAAGCGGGAGGGUCGUUCCCUUGGGGAAGGAGGAAAGCCUCACAUCGACUUCGGCAAUGUGGAUAUCGGAGAGAUCAGCCAUGAAGUGAUGUCAAACAUGGAGCCCUUUGAUGUUAAUGAGUUUGACCAGUACCUGCCACCAAAUGGACAUGCUGCUCAUCCAGGCCAUGUUGGGGGCUAUGCCACAGCUGCCGGUUAUGGCCUUGGGAGUGCCCUGGCUGCAGCCAGUGGACACUCUGCUUGGAUCUCCAAACAGCAUGGGGUUUCCUUGUCUGCUGCCACAUCAUCAGUGGUAGACUCCAAGGCUCAAGUCAAAACAGAGAGCUCAGCUCCAGGGGGUCAUUACACUGACCAGCCCUCUACAUCUCAGAUAGCAUAUACAUCCCUUAGUCUGCCCCACUAUGGUUCAGCCUUUCCCUCUAUAUCCAGGCCCCAAUUUGACUACCCUGACCACCAGCCCACAGGACCCUACUACAGCCACUCCAGUCAGGCUUCUGGCCUCUAUUCGGCCUUUUCAUAUAUGGGGCCUUCCCAACGUCCCUUAUACACUGCCAUCUCUGACCCGGCACCCUCAGUGCCACAGUCUCAUAGUCCCACACACUGGGAACAGCCUGUGUAUACGACCCUUUCGAGACCCUAGGGAAUGGGGAGUAGUGAGCAAAGCAGCAGCGGAAAGGCUCCGAAGAAUCAGCCCCAGAAGACGAGCCUCCAAGUUCCGAGGUCAUUUGGUGUAAUCCAGUCGCCAGAACCCAAAGAAUAUCCGGGCGUGUCUAUCAUGACCGCAGUUAUCGAUGGCUCACCUGGCUGGAGGAAGGUUCCCACCCAUACCCCAUACUCCCAGUCCCUGAUUGGCUUCCAAGAUCCCGUAGGCCUUCUAGAUGAGGAUGAUUCUAGGCAUGGAGCAACUAGUCAUGGUGGGUUUUUGUUGGGCAGAUCAAGGGUUUAAAAAUAACAACAAUACAAUUGAAAGAUAAUCCUUUUCCUUCUCAUCCCCUCCUGUCCAGACAUCCCCCAGCUGUCCAGACCAUCAGUCUGAUGGUUGAGAAAGAAACCAAUGGCCAUUAGUUUGCCACUUGCUGUGGGUGAAGCCUGGCUAGUUGGACUCUCUGAUGGAUAUGUUAUAGGAGGAGAAAUAGGAUGGUGCAGCUGAUGUGGACAGUGCUCUAGGACAUUCCUGCUUCAGAAUCGCACAUGCAUGAAAUUUUGUUCCCCAUUGGAAGACCAACCUAUGCUUGCUUUUCCUAUUGAUAUUUGGCAUCUGCGUUCCACUUUCUUUUAUCUAGUCCAUCACCUCUCUGCUGCCUGGCUCUCUUAAGACUUAACUACACAGUACAUUGGACUCAGGAACUGCAUUAUGUGCUCUGGCCACCUUUGCAUCACAUCAUGUAAAUGUGUGUGUACAUGUUGGUCCCUUGGACCAUAAAGGGCAAAGGGGACUGAUUCCUACUUUGUUGUUAUGAACAUUUUGUAUUCCUAGUUUGUUUCCACACUCUGUGGUUUAAUCUAAACUCUUGCAGCUACCUUUCUAAUACUCCAGAAAAUACCCUGCCAAAGCCAAUGCGUUUCCUUCUGGCAUGCUUAUGAGUGUAUGUGAGUGUGUGCACAUGUGUGUGAAAGGGGGGUGAAGGAAGACAGAAGAGCUUAGAAACCAAGAACAGUCAACGUAGUACUCCUGCUUCAGUGAUGGGGAGCACAUGGACUCCCCUAUGUUGCAGAUCUGCAACCUCCAUCAUCCCACAACAUUGCGCAUGCAGGCUAGACCGGAUAAGAGGUACAGUCUGACAUUCAGAGGGCCAUGUCCCCCCAUUCCUUUACUUCUUGCUUGAAUACAUAAUCAAAUGUGUCAUGAGAACUUCUGUGUGACCAUCAUAUUAGCUUAGCUAAUAUAUUCUCUGUCUCUCAAGAGAGACAGUACAAGAAGUAUUGGUGCAUGAGCCAGAAAUUUUUAAAAAGUACUCCCAGUACUGAUAAAAAAAUUAAAUAAAUCCAUUUAACAGCAUUAGUCAUUCCCUGCCCUUAAAAGUUUUCCAAAAUCUGCUGUGAGAGGAUGCAUCUCCCUGCCUAACAGUAGAAUCAGCCAUGCUCUUGUGUUCACAAAUUUUAUUAUAAAUUCUAAAUUUGCCACAACAAGGACAUUGUUGGUCCUUAUGUUGUGUUGAAUGGGCAUUAAAAAGAAAGUCAGGCUGUGCAAAAAUGGAAGAACUCUGCACUGACUUUUAAAUUUUCAUAUGGAGGCAACCAAUCCAGCUAAAUCAAACUGUGCCUUCAUCUUUUCCAUAGCCCUGUGUGAAGCUUUGCCUGCACAUACCAGAAACACUGUCCCCAGUUAGUGUCACUGAAUCUGUCACUUAGAAGAUUGCUGUCCCUAAUAAAAUGAUGGUAUGAAUCUACCAGAAGAAGAACAAAUGGCACAUAAGGAUGGACACUAAUAGCCACAAUAUGCAUUGCAGUACAUGCUGUUCUUCCCAACCCCUUUGGAAUGAGAUGGAUGAGGCUAACCUGCCCAAAGUUAUGAACUUUAUAUAUGCUUGCCUCCAUUUUCAGCUAUGGAUGAUUGUCUCGUCUCCAUAGUUUUUGAAAAGGACAUGUAGUAUGCCUGUAUUCCUUGUAUGCAUGUAAUCUAUUAACUGUUCUGCACCCUUAUUUAUGCAAGUAGCACGUCCUUCCCUGUCCCCAGCACUACAGCCCUGUGUUGUCCUAGCACCAUUAACUUUGCAUCAAAUGUAUGAAAUAAUAAACUUUAAAAGGUU